UCUUCAGCUUGCAUUGCAAGAAGCAUUACGAACUGACUGAGACCCUAUCGUGGUAUCAAUUCAAUGAUGGCUGUGUGUCGAUUUAUGCCGAAAAUCCUUAGACUUGGGAGCCUACAUCGGAUAUCCCUGGUGCCGAGACAGUGCCUUCAUAGAGGAGCAGUGAUGGGCGUGUCUGACGCAGACUUUACAUCCGCUAAGGACAGAGUGGGCACCCUCUCGGAGGACCCCGGAAAUGAGGUCAAAUUGAAGAUGUAUGCACUCUUUAAACAGAGUACAGUGGGAAAGUGCAAUGCCCCCAAGCCAGGCGCGUUUGACUUUGUCGGCAAAGCCAAGUGGAGUGCAUGGAACGAGUUAGGCAAUAUCACUCAGGAUGACGCAAAACAGAAGUACGUUGAUAUGGUCAACGAUUUGGUAGCUAAGGAUUCCAAAGCCUCGGCAGCAGCUGCUGCUGAACAGUCAAAUGCCACGCCUAGUGGGUAUGAAAACCUUGUCGUUACCGUGGAGAAGGGCGUGUGUAAAAUCAUGAUGAACAGACCAAAGAAGAAGAAUGCAAUCAACAGAGAGACGUAUGAAGAAAUCAUAAAAGCUUUGGAAUCAGCAGGAGCAGAUGCUAAUGUUGUACUAGCUGUUCUCACUGGUGCUGGAGACUUCUACUCUGCCGGUAAUGACCUCAAUAAUUUCAUGACCGUCACUCCAGAAACAAAGGUGCAGGCAGCAAAGGAGGGAGCAGUGCUUCUAGAAAGGUUUGUAGCUGCCUUUAUUGACUUCCCCAAACCACUCCUAGCUGCUGUUAACGGACCCGCAGUAGGCAUACCAGUAACAACCCUUGGGUUAUGUGACAUCGUCUUCGCUUCAGACAGGGCAACAUUCCAUACGCCAUUUGCAUCUUUAGGCCAGUCACCAGAGGGGUGCUCCUCCUAUAUCUUUCCCAAGAUAAUGGGACAAGCCAAGGCCAACGAGGUUCUUUUGUUUGGACGCAAGCUGACGGCUCAAGAAGCUUUUGACCGGGGUCUGGUGACAGAAAUCUUCCCAGACGCUUCUUUCCAAGAAGAUCUUCAGAAGAAGUUGGACCAAUAUGCACAGCUACCAAGACAGUCGUUGCGAAUUUCCAAGACACUUGUUCGCAGCAUUGAACGAGAGAAGCUCCACCAAGUCAACAAGGAAGAGUGUGAAGUCUUAACCGAAAGGUGGACAUCGGACGAGUGCCUAGAAGCCAUUCUGAAUUACUUCUCUAGUAAAUCAAAGCUUUAACCACCCACCAUUCAAGGCACUGUAAAUAUUGUUUGUCAGUGUAAAAAAUAUUUACUUCGUUUUGGCUUUAACGACCCAACGAGCCAUUAUUACACUUUCGGUACAGAAAAAAAAAAA